GCAGAUCUGAUGUAAACAUCCGGUUUUCAUCUGAGACGCCAACAUGGCGAGCCGGAGAAGUAAUGCGAAAAGUCCGGACAAACCUGAUAAAUAUUCUGUGCUUCUGCCGACUUACAACGAGCGAGAAAACCUCCCGUUGAUCGUCUGGUUGUUGGUGAAGUAUUUCGGCGAAAGUGGCUACAACUAUGAGAUCAUAGUCAUCGAUGAUGGCAGUCCAGACGGAACACUGCAGAUCGGCGAGCAGCUGCAGAAGAUAUACGGCGCGGAUAAAAUUCUCCUGAGGCCGAGAGCACAAAAGCUGGGAUUAGGAACAGCAUACAUCCACGGCAUUAAACAUGCAACUGGAAACUUCGUUAUCAUAAUGGACGCAGAUCUCUCACAUCAUCCAAAGUUUAUUCCACAGUUCAUUGAAAAACAGAAAGAGGGUGGAUAUGACCUGGUGUCUGGCACAAGGUACAGAGGAGACGGUGGUGUAUAUGGAUGGGAUCUGCGGCGAAAACUCAUCAGUCGAGGGGCAAACUUUGUCACACAAGUUCUGCUCAGACCAGGAGCGUCUGAUCUUACUGGGAGUUUUAGGCUCUAUAAGAAAGAAGUUCUGGAAAAACUAGUAGAGCAGUGUGUGUCAAAAGGCUAUGUGUUCCAGAUGGAGAUGAUUGUCCGGGCCAGACAACUGGGCUAUACAAUUGGAGAGGUUCCCAUUUCGUUCGUGGACCGUGUUUACGGAGAGUCCAAAUUAGGUGGAAAUGAAAUCGUCUCCUUCCUGAAAGGACUGCUCACUCUUUUUGCCACUACAUGACCUUUGACCUUAUUUGGUUGCAUUUAGUGUUGUGAUGUAUGAUCAGCGCUUACCAUCACUGCAGUGGAGCUAGAAGCAUUACUUGAUUACCAAGUAAUAAGGUUGUUAUGCUUGGAUUAACAUGUUCCUUCCACUUAGUUUUGUUAAUUACUAGGCAAUAUUUGGAAAUGUACAUUCAAAUUUUCUGAAUUGUAAUAAAAAGGACCAAACUGA